AUGCAGCAGGCCUUCCAACAUCUUGCACUCGGGCCAAUCGUGAAGUUAGAUGAUGCGAUAUUCACCGGCACGUUCAUUGGCAACACGGCGCAAUUCUUGGGCAUUCCCUUUGCCAAACCCCCUAUUGGAAGCCUCCGCUUCCAGGUUCCUCAACCAUUGCCUCCCUAUGAAGGUUUACACACUGUAGCAGCCUAUGGUCCGGCCUGCUCUCAACAGGAAUCAUCGAUACAAAGAGGGAUAGCCCAAAUGAUCACCGAGUCAAGCGAAGAUUGUCUUACACUCAAUGUAUUCACGCCUGCCGUCAUGCUCCCUGGAUCAAAACUGCCAGUAGUCGUGUAUAUAUUCGGUGGCGGUUUUGAAACUGGAAGUGGUCAAUCAGAGUUCGGUAAUAUCACAGUCAACAGGUCGUUGCAAGUGCACGAACCAGUUAUCUAUGUUAGCAUGAACUAUCGAAUGACGUCUUGGGGAUUCCUAGCGAGUGAAGAAGUCAGGCAGGCUGGGACUGGAAACUUAGGCCUCCGAGAUCAGCGACUUGCACUUCACUGGGUCAAAAGAUAUAUCAGCUCGUUCGGCGGAGAUCCAACAAAGGUAACCAUAUGGGGCGAAAGUGCCGGAGCGAUAUCUGUCGCUCUCCAGAUGCUCGCUUAUGAUGGUCACAAUGACGGUCUCUUCCGCGCGGCAUUUAUGCAAUCAGGAUCCCCGACACCUGUGGGCGAUAUCACCAAUGGUCAACAGUAUUAUGACUUUCUUGUUGAUAAAACAGGGUGCAAGGGGGCGAUCGAUACAUUGGAAUGCUUGCGAGCGGUACCUCAGGAAAUUCUGCAAACCGCUGUGGAUGAAACACCGUCUAUUUCUUCUUACCAGUCACUUGUUUUGGCUUGGAUGCCAAGGGCAGAUGGGAUAUUUUUGACUGAUAACUUCCAGCGCCUCGUCCAACAGGGGAAAAUUGCAAAUGUACCUUUUAUCACAGGCGACUGCGAUGACGAGGGAACAGCCUUCGCCUUCAGCACCACUAACACCACGACAAGCGAGCAAUUUCAUGAAUAUUUGAAAACAUAUUGGGCGCGCAAUGCAACAGACGAGGAGAUCAAUGGAAUUCUGUUCAUGUAUCCUCAAGACCCGACGACAGGAUCUCCGUUUGGAACUGAAACCCUCAACCAGCUGACCCCGCAGUUCAAGCGUAUAGCUGCUUUUCAGGGAGAUGCCGUUUUCCAAGCUCCGAGACGGUUCUUUUUACAUGAGCGGUCAGGGAAACAAAAGAUAUGGACCUAUCUCAGCAAAGGACUCAAGGCAGUUCCGCUUCUAGGCGCGUUUCACAGCUCCGACUUCGUUGAUGAGAUGUGGGGUGGACAGGGGAGUUUAUUGGAUUACUUGAUCAAUUUUGCAACACACCUUGAUCCUAAUGGGAAUCUCACUGGUAUUUUCUGGCCGGAAUACGCUGUUGAAUCGAAGGAUAUGCUGAUGUUUGGGGAAUGGCCUUGGUCUCCACCCACCAUUAUUCAGGACACGUACAGGAAGGAGGCGAUGGAGUACUUGAUAAAUUUCACUUUGACUUACCCUCUUUAG